AUGCUCGACGAGUUCCACGUGCAGCUCCCCGGCAGGUUUCCCGACCACCCGCACCGCGGCUUUGAGACCAUCACGUACCUCGUACCGCACUCGCCCGGCAUGAUGCUCCACGAAGACUUUAGCGGCCACCACGGCGAGCUCGCGCCAGCGCCCUCCAGUCGAUGUGUCCCGCCCGCGCUGCAACAAGCCUGCGAUUGGACUCCACUUCUGGCUCAAUUUGCCCAAGUUGCUCAAGAUGACCGAGCCGAAAUACCAGGAGAUUCCGGCCAAAGGGCUCCCGCGAGUCAAGCAGGGAACAUUGAGGUGAUCGUGAUCGCGGGCCAAGCCAUGGGCGCGACCGCCAACGUCUUUACCAACGUCCCGAUCACGUACGUCCACUUUAUCUUUUCCGGCGCAGCGUCGCACUCGCAUGCACUGCCGAAGGACCACAAUGCGUUCGUGUAUAUCAUCUCGGGCGAAGGCUCCAUAGGUGGCAGCCGCGUCGAGCCGCACUCGGUGGGUUUGCUCUCGGCUGACGGCAACGAAGACGGCGUCACGCUCGAGACCACGGGCGAAAUGCAGUGCGUCGGGCUCAGCGGCAAGCCCAUCAACGAGCCCAUCAACAGCAGUACGGUCCACUUGCCAUGA